AUGGCCUUUGGUAGCUCUAUAAGAACUGUACAUGAUAAUACUUUUUCUCACCAUGGUUUUUCGUCACAGCAAAUCUAUCCUGAUUCAACGAGUGGUGUUUUUAAUAAUUUAUCUCAACAUGAUACUCUAAGCACUGAAGAAUCUUUUAAUAAUAUAAUAACGGAUACUACUUCUUAUCCACCUCUUGAAAAAGUCUUAAUGAAUCAAACUGGAUCUCCUUUAUCUCAAUAUAAUUUCUAUUCCUAUCUUCAGCAAGAAUGGCAAGGUGAAGAAAACUUAAAUUUCUGGUUAGAUGUUGUGACUCAUGAGAAUUUAUUUGAAUCAUGGCGUGAAUAUCAAAAUCAUACAAAAAAAGCAAGAGAGCGACGUAUGGUUGAUGAAUGGGAACAAAAUCACGAUUCUACUUCUUCAAGUGUGGAUGAUACUGGAACUACUUCUGUAGAUUCUCAAAAUCCUGUGAUGCCACUUAAUCAUACUUCUUCCGCACGAUAUGGUCAUGAAAUCACAAUUCCAGACAACUACAAAUCAAGGAAUUAUAGCAAACUGAAAAUUGUAAAACGUGUAGACGAAGAAGAUUUAACUAAAUCUGCUUUGAAUAUAUAUCGAAAAUAUGGUCACAUGAGUAUCCUUCCCGAAGAAAGUCGAAAUACGAUGGCUGAUCUUAUCGAACGUCAAGGAAGAUAUAAUCCUGUG